AUGGCUCCCGAUUCGAAAGUGCCGACCCUGGCGGCUUCGUACCAAGAACGCAUACGUCCUUGCAUCGAUCUUGUCGAUUCGCUGAGAAGAAUUGGUUUGGAUAAAGAUGUAGAUCUUCCAGCCGUGGUUGUCAUCGGCGACCAAAGUGUCGGUAAAAGCUCCGUACUUGAAGCGAUAUCGGGGGUUCAGCUUCCUAGAGGCAAUGAAAUUGUGACACGAUGUCCCAUAGAAUUAAGACUAAAAACACUGGAUAACGAUGAAUGGUGUGGCAAAAUACUGUACAUAAACUACUCAAAGGAACAAGUAAACAAGUACAUUGAUAGCCCGGAUGAACUUGGAGCUGCUAUACGUACAGCACAACAAGACAUCACGAAUUCACAGAAAGGCAUCAGUAAAACUUCAAUAACAGUUGAGAUUCAGUCAGCCCACGUACCGAACCUGACUUUGAUUGACUUGCCUGGUAUUGCAAGGGUCCCUCAAGAAGGACAGUCUCGUAAUAUUGCAGAUGAGACGAAAGACUUGAUUAAAAAGUAUAUAAGCAAAGACGAUGCCAUUGUUUUGUGUGUCAUACCUUGUAACGUUGAUAUAGCAACAACAGAAGCAAUCAAGAUGGCACAGGAAGUGGAUCCCACCGGAUCAAGAACACUUGGUGUGCUGACCAAACCAGAUCUUGUCGACAAAGGAUCGGAGAAUGUCGUGGUGCGAAUAGCUGAAAAUAAAGUGAUCAAUUUGAAGAAAGGAUACACAAUAAUGAAAUGCCGAAGUCAGCGGAACUUGGAAGAUGCCAUGUCACUGGAGGAGGCCAUGGACGAAGAGGAACGGUUCUUCAGAGAACAUAAACACUACAGUGUUCUCUCUGGUCAAGCUGGUUCCCGAUUACUUGCACAUCGCCUAACAACAGAGCUUGUGGAACAAAUACUGAAAUCUGUUCCCCAGAUACAGCAUGCUAUUAAAGAUAAACUUGAGGACACUAAGCAGGAACUAACAACGCUGGGAGAAGAAGUGCCAAUGAAUGACGUACAACGAAUUGAUUUACUAGUCAGACUGCUGGACAGAUUUCCAGAUGACUUCAAGAACGCCGCCGAAGGUGUUUACAAGAACGCCACUUAUGAUAGAUCAAUGCGAUUACAAACUAUAGUGAUGAAGCUGUAUGACACAUUUGCCGAUGAAUUGGAAUCACUACAACCAUGCGAUGAGCACUUACCAGAGAUCAAAGAGGAGCUUGUUGAACAGAGAGGGUUGGAGCUACCACCGUUUGUCAAGGACAGAAUAAUUUGCGAGAAUCUAAUUCGUCAAAUUCUCAAACAAUUUAUACCCCCCGCAGAGAGGUUGCUACAGGCUGUUAACAUGGAAGUGGAAAGGAUUGGACAAAGGCUAGUCCGUGAUACAUACAGUCAGUUUCCAAGACUACAAGCAACAGUGAUGAGUAAGUUCUGCGAUUUGCAAACUAAAGCUGUUGCAAACUCGAAAAAAGCAAUCGAAGACAAAUUUAAAAUGGAGGAUAUGAUCCAUACACGUGAUAGGAUCUAUAAAGAUACUGAGAAGCGAAUGUUACGUCAUACGCAAGAUGUUACAGAACCGGUUGCUACGACUCGACUGAUGGACGAUAUACCUUUGAUGAUAACAUUCUAUUUGUUGCAAGAACUCGGAAAUGAUAUCAAGGUGGAAAUGGCAAAGUUCCUGAUCGAGAGAAACAUUGACGAGUUCCUGCGAGAAGAUGCAGCCGUGGAAGAAAGACGACUUUCCCUGGAAGCCAAAAGAGAACGUUUAGACAGAGCCAGCAGGGAACUUGCAAUGUUUAGUACAAUAUAA